AUGAGUAUAUCGGACGAUGAAGUGGCGCUCAAAAUAGUCGUCGUUGGAAAUGGAGGCGUCGGAAAAUCUUCGCUUAUUCAGAGAUUUGCGACUGGCCUCUUUACGCAAGAAUACAAGAAGACCAUUGGAGUCGAUUUCCUCCAGCGGAGCCUUUCUUUGGCCGGCAUUUCUAUCAAUCUGAUGCUUUGGGACACCGCCGGACAAGAAGAGUUCCACUCAGUCACGCGGGCCUAUUAUAGAGGCGCUCACGGAGCCGUUAUUGUCUACAGUGCGUCGGAUCCGGAGAGUUUCGCAAAUGUAGAAGACUGGAAGAAGCGCGUGACAAACGAAUGCGGAGAAAUACCUAUGGACGGGGGAUAA